AUGGAGUCUGAGCAGCUGUUCCAUAGAGGCUACUAUAGAAACAGCUACAACAGUAUAACAAGCGCAAGUAGCGAUGAGGAACUUUUAGAUGGAGCAGGUGUGAUUAUGGACUUUCAAACUUCUGAGGAUGACAAUUUGUUAGAUGGGGACACAGUAGUUGGAACUCAUUACACAAUGACAAAUGGAGGCAGCAUUAACAGUUCUACACAUUUACUGGAUCUUUUGGAUGAACCAAUUCCAGGCGUUGGUACAUAUGAUGAUUUCCAUACUAUUGAUUGGGUCCGAGAGAAAUGUAAAGACAGAGAAAGGCAUAGACGGAUCAACAGCAAAAAGAAAGAAUCAGCAUGGGAAAUGACGAAAAGCUUGUAUGAUGCGUGGUCAGGAUGGCUAGUGGUAACACUGACAGGAUUGGCAUCCGGGGCAUUGGCUGGAUUAAUAGACAUUGCUGCUGAUUGGAUGACUGACCUAAAGGAAGGAAUUUGCUUUAAUGCUUUGUGGUACAACCAUGAACAGUGUUGCUGGGGAUCUAGUGAAACAACAUUUGAGGAAAGGGAUAAAUGUCCACAGUGGAAAACAUGGGCAGAGUUAAUUAUAGGUCAAGCAGAGGGUCCUGGUUCUUACAUCAUGAACUACAUAAUGUACAUCUUCUGGGCCUUGAGUUUUGCCUUUCUUGCUGUUUCUUUGGUAAAGGUAUUUGCUCCAUAUGCCUGUGGCUCUGGAAUUCCAGAGAUUAAAACUAUUCUGAGUGGAUUCAUCAUCAGAGGUUACUUGGGAAAGUGGACUUUAAUGAUUAAAACCAUCACAUUAGUACUGGCUGUGGCAUCAGGAUUGAGCUUAGGAAAAGAAGGCCCCCUGGUACAUGUUGCCUGUUGUUGUGGAAAUAUUUUUUCCUACCUCUUUCCAAAGUACAGCACAAAUGAAGCUAAAAAGAGGGAGGUGCUCUCAGCUGCCUCAGCUGCAGGUGUUUCUGUGGCUUUUGGUGCACCGAUUGGAGGAGUUCUUUUUAGCCUAGAAGAGGUUAGCUAUUAUUUUCCUCUUAAAACUUUAUGGAGAUCAUUUUUUGCUGCUUUAGUUGCUGCAUUUGUUUUGAGAUCCAUUAAUCCAUUUGGUAAUAGCCGUCUGGUCCUUUUUUAUGUGGAGUAUCAUACACCAUGGUACCUUUUUGAACUAUUUCCUUUUAUUCUCCUCGGGGUAUUUGGAGGGCUUUGGGGAGCCUUUUUUAUUAGGGCAAAUAUAGCUUGGUGUCGUCGACGCAAAUCCACCAAAUUUGGAAAGUAUCCUGUCCUUGAAGUCAUUAUUGUUGCAGCCAUCACUGCUGUGAUAGCUUUCCCUAAUCCAUAUACUAGACUCAACACCAGUGAACUGAUUAGAGAGCUUUUUACAGACUGUGGGCCCCUGGAAUCCUCUUCUCUUUGUGACUACAGAAAUGACAUGAAUGCCAGCAAAAUCGUUGAUGAUAUUCCUGAUCGUCCAGCAGGCGUUGGAGUAUAUUCAGCUAUAUGGCAAUUAUGCUUAGCACUCAUAUUUAAAAUCAUAAUGACAGUAUUCACUUUUGGUAUCAAGGUUCCGUCAGGUCUGUUCAUCCCCAGCAUGGCCAUUGGAGCGAUUGCAGGGAGGAUUGUGGGCAUUGCAGUGGAGCAGCUUGCGUAUUAUCACCACGACUGGUUUAUCUUUAAGGAGUGGUGUGAGGUUGGGGCUGACUGCAUUACUCCUGGCCUCUAUGCCAUGGUUGGUGCUGCCGCGUGCUUAGGUGGAGUGACAAGGAUGACCGUCUCCCUGGUGGUUAUUGUUUUUGAGCUCACUGGAGGCCUGGAAUAUAUUGUCCCCCUUAUGGCUGCAGUGAUGACCAGUAAAUGGGUUGGAGAUGCCUUUGGCAGGGAAGGCAUUUACGAAGCGCACAUUCGGUUAAAUGGAUACCCUUUCUUGGAUGCAAAAGAAGAAUUCACUCAUACCACCCUGGCUGCUGAUGUCAUGAGACCUCGAAGGAAUGAUCCUCCCUUAGCUGUCCUGACACAAGACAAUAUGACAGUGGAUGACAUAGAAAACAUGAUUAAUGAAACCAGCUACAAUGGCUUUCCUGUCAUAAUGUCAAAAGAAUCUCAGAGACUAGUAGGAUUUGCCCUCAGAAGAGACCUGACAAUUGCAAUAGAAAGUGCCAGAAAGAAACAAGAAGGUAUCGUGGGCAGCUCCCGCGUGUGCUUUGCACAGCACACCCCAUCCCUGCCCGCAGAAAGCCCUCGGCCCUUGAAGCUCCGCAGCAUCCUUGACAUGAGCCCUUUCACCGUGACGGACCACACCCCCAUGGAGAUCGUGGUGGACAUUUUCCGAAAGCUGGGCCUGAGGCAGUGCCUUGUAACUCACAAUGGGCGCCUCCUUGGCAUUAUAACAAAAAAAGAUAUCCUCCGUCAUAUGGCCCAGACGGCAAACCAAGACCCCGCUUCGGUAAUGUUCAACUGA